AAUUUUCAAUCUUCCAAAUCUAGUUCCCUAAAUGUUGUGUGUUCCAUGCGUAUAAUAAUUCUGUCCUUUAAUUUGUUGUGUGCAGGUCGCAAGUUUGCAAGAGGAGAUAGAUAUUAUUGGGAGUCUAAUGGCAAAUUCUACAAUUGGUGCUACCAAUUGUGGCAUAAAUAAUGUUGAAGCACCAAUAACAAAAAUGGAGCACUCAAACUGUGGAAUACAAUAUCCUAUGCAAGAUGAUGAUGAUGAUGCUGUCACUACAACUCAUCAAUGUUAUCAAAAUGAAACAAAAAAAAAACUGAUAAUUAAAGUAAAAGAGUGCUUAAGACUUGUACAACAUGGCUCAAUUGAAUGUGCCAGUGCUACAGUUCAACAAUUCUUCUGUCUUCAGAGUCCCUCCAACGACACUGUUUAUUUGCUUUCAGACACAAAGUAGAAGUAAUUCCUCAUGGUUAACUAAGAAGCUGUUAGUGGUUGAAGCAAGAGCAAAUGCUAGAACAGAAAGUCCAAAAAUUCGAAAUAGAAGGAUUCAGAAAAAGUUCAAUGGAACUGCUAGAAAUCCAAGGCUUUCAGUAUUUUGCUCAGAGAAGCAAUUGUAUGCAAUGCUUGUAGAUGACAAGAAUAAGAAGUGUCUGUUCUAUGCAAGCACACUGCAGAAAUCGAUCCGAAAUCCCCCAUGCAGCACUUCUGAAGCUGCUAAACGUGUUGGGGAGGCACUUGUCAAAGCCUGUACAGAACUCAACAUAAAUGAAAUAUCGUCCUAUGAUCGCAAUGGACUUUACCGUGGACAAAGAUUGGAAGCCUUUGAGAUUGCCAUUUCCAGUUAUGGAUUCUUGCCGGGAUAAGUUUGUGUCUGAAAGCUUGAGCUCUUUUGUCAAAUAUACAACCCACUGGAGUCAAUGCUUUUCUAUGUAGACAUUAUAACUUUUCCAGAUUAGUAGGUUUUAAUCUCAUCAUGUGAUUAGUAAUUGCUGAAAAGUAGAAGAAAGGAACUAGAAAAUCAGUGGUCCAAUUGUUAUGCAACUUGAAGUCAUUUUCAUUUCUGAAUCACAUUGUUUUUACAUUA